AUGUUAACAAAUACCCUAAUCACGUUUAAUUUCAAAUUCAAUUCAGAUCAGACGCUGAAUAAGGAGAUUUUCGAUUCAUUUUCUACUUCAUGCUGGCUUGACAAAAAGCAUUGGUUCAUCAAAUAUAACGAUCGUUGUGUGUUUUCCAUCCCUCAUUUUGCUCCUGAACUCCUUGGCAUGUCAACAAAUACAACCUUCGAUACAACAUCAUCGGAAUCAACAUUAAUAUAUUGUCACGUGAAUACCAUCACAUGGAGACAACAUGAGCUCAAUUUGGAUCAUUAUUUUAUUGAUACCAAAACACUUAAUAUGAAAAUCGCCUGUACCAUUCAAGAUCUUGACAUCGAAGAUUGA